AUGUCAGAAGAUAUUUUACAUCAAAUUCGUAUCACUUCCAGAAAUCACGAUGUUGAGAUGAAUGAGGAGAUACAUAAUCGUGCUUUACUCUUGAUCGAAGAUAUGUGUUACCUCAUGUGCGGUACUUUAUUAAUCAGGUUAGGAAUGCCAGCGCCCAAUCGUGAAAUGAGUGACGCAUUUAAUCGAGAAUUGGAACGGGGACGUAAAUAUGAUUACCAGGAAUUAGAUUUAGUAGUUCAAACGAAUGUACCCCUGUUGAAUUCCCAACAAAAGGAAGUUUAUGAUACUGCAAUGAAGGCAAUCGAUGAUGGAAAUGGUGGUUUAUAUUUCCUAGAUGCUCCUGGUGGAACAGGUAAGACAUUCCUCAUGUCAGUAGUUUUAACCACUGUUCGUGCGAGAUCCAACAUAGCGGUUGCAGUUGCUUCUUCUGGAAUAGCAGCCAUAUUGUUAGAAGGAUGA